AUGGGAGACCACUCAUCAAUAGAUUUUACCGAAAAAUACGCCCUGACGGAUAAUGAUCCCAUCGGUGAAGGGGCGUACGCUGUUGUUUACAAGUGUGUAGAUCGUAAGACCAAGCAGGAGUUUGCGGUAAAGGUAGUAAACAAGGGAAAAGCUGGUCCGAAAGAUAUUGACAGUCUUGACUUUGAAAUACGAGUAAUGGAAAAAAUUGGUCACCAUCCGCACGUUGUUGAGCUUAUCGAUCAUUUUGAAAGUGAGUCACAAAUAUAUCUUGUCUUGGAUCUUUUGAAUGGUGGUAUGCUUUUUAACCACAUUGUGCGAUUAUCGCACUACAGUGAAAAGAGUGCAGCUGACUUGGUGAAGAACUUACUUUCAGCGCUUGCACAUAUACACUCCAAAGGCAUCAUACAUCGUGAUCUUAAACCAGAAAACUUGCUUCUUCGGCACAAGGAUGAUUCUUCUGCUAAUGGUGUAUCAUAUCUUUCAGAUAUCUGUCUCGCUGACUUUGGUCUCGCAGGUACGAUCCCAAGUCGUGUAUGCUGUGGUUCUCCAUCCUAUAUUGCCCCAGAGGUAAUCAAUGUAGGGUAUUACUUUAAUGAACGUGAACCAUAUGAUGAAAAGUGUGAUAUAUGGUCAUUGGGUGUAAUUACAUAUAUCCUUCUCAGUGGACGAACGCCAUUCGGUGGUGGCUCGUACAAGGAUACAUUUCGAAGAAUUGUAUCAAACAAAUGGAGUUUUUCAGGAGACAUAUGGAAUUCAAUUUCACCAACUGCAAAGGCGUUUAUAACCGCGUGCCUUACACAAGACCCAAAACAACGUCCCUCUGCACAGGAACUUUUGAAACACGCGUGGGUGAAUACAGACCAGCCAGAUCGUCAUUUGUGGGAAAGUCUGCAAGAACUACGGCGCUUCAAUGCACAGCAAAUGUUACGCGCCGGCUUACAUGUCUUCUGCACCACACACUCCUUACUUGGGAAGCUGGAUAACACACCACCUUUUAUGAAAUAUUUACGGCAUCACGAUGUGCUUUCUACUGUGAUUGAAGUACAGUCACAGACGGACGCUUACAAGACACAUUUUGUGGACUUUGGAAAGGCUCUAAAUCCCCCACCGGGAUGGCGUUUGCAGGACUGCUGCACCUGUCCUUCUGAACUUGUCUGCCGUCACAUUCAGAAUGUUAAUGAGUAUCUUUUUGUGGGAAAGCGCAGCAUGGAUAUUUAUCCUCUCAUGGAUGAGCUGCUGCUGUUGAAAGAGGAUGCUGAGCGUGCCGUUAAAAAGAAACCAAGAAGUAAUAAGGCACAGAAGAAUCUUGAGAAGGUUUUACAUGUGAUUAAAGCGGCUACUGCCUUUUCCGAAGCCCUUGCAAAGAUACCACAAGAUCAGCGUAAACUCAAUUUAAUGCUUAGUAUCCCACCAAAUACAUUAAAACAAAAGACUGAGACACCAACAGGGCCGAAAACGGGUGUAAAGACAUCUAAACCAACGUCUCCCAAAACAUUUGAUAAGAUCCGUGCAGGAAUCAAAACUUUUUUUGACCGCCUUUAA